AUGUUGAUGCGCCAUAGCUGCAUCGGCUCGAUUACUAUACGAACACCGGCCGUGUACCGGCAAACACACCACGUGUGUCCACAGCUCAGUAUUCACACUGAGGCAAAAAAGUUAUGUCAUCUACAUAAUGUUUAUUAUCAUCGCUAUCUGGCAACUCAAUACUGCGUCGCAUAUGACGUCUAUCUCGAAGUUUUGCGACACAUUGACAUGAAGAUUGAUACCCACCUUGGGCAUGAUACUCCACACUGGUGCAUGCUUAACUCUUGCCCUGCCUGUCAAUACCAGCUUGAAGAUGAACCUGUGCUGAAAUUUUCUGUCCUCUGCGCUUGUGAUGGUAAUAAUUCUGUGAAGCUUGUUGAUCCUGUCAUUUGCAGAGGCAACGAACGUCUUUAUCCACGAUCUGGUCUCAGUUCCAUAUGGCUCACGGAGGAAUAUGUUGAUGGCUUCAAAGAUGAAGUCCAGAGUGCCCGUACCCGUCAAGCCAAGGACAUCCGAGUCGACCAGCAACAAAUCCAGGACCCUGAUGACCCAUGGGUAGAUGAACCUGACUCAACUGAUGCAGAACCGAGCAACGUCUGCGUUGACCGCUGGUGUAAUGCGGCGCCAGAGUCCUGUAAGAAAAUGUUCAUAAUUUUCAAGAAGUCCGGCAUAUUCAUCACCAUUUGUCGGCAUGGAUUUCUGCUCACCAUUUGUGAUAUGGUACGAAGUGGAGAACUUAUGAAGUACCCUAUUGCCAGCUUAAAGAAGCUAAUGGAUGUCUUUGGGCCGAAUAUUCUUUAUGGUUACGACAUUAAAUGUGCCUUCAAGAAAAUCCUUCUUCGAAGCUCGUUAGCUGAUGACAUGAAGCAGUUGAAUAUCCAAGGUGUUGUUCCUGUGUUUCACGGACAUGCACACAACCAACUGUGUCAAGUACAACACCAUUCAAAGUACAUGGUAGGCGCUGGAAAGGAGGAUUUUGAGACAUGUGAGCGUGUGUUUUCAGAAUCUAAUGCUCUGGCUGCACAGACACGCAAUGCCACAGAGUUCCACUGCCACCAGGCAUUAGACGAGCACUUUCGUUUCGCUGAUAUGGAUAAGUAUGCUGGGUUAUCGAAUUUCAUUCAUCAGAAUUAUGUUCAAGCUCUCUCGAUCAUCAACGCCUCUACUAUCUUCCUUUUGAAUUUUCAAGCAUCAACACCCAACAUUGAUUUUGCAGCCGACUUAGAGGAUGAGCGUGCUUGUUUGCAAGCCCUCACACGCAAGAAGGAUGAAACUUCUGUUGAAGUGGAUUAUGUGAAGGCUCUUGUUGAUUUGGAAGACGAUGCCGGACAUGUACAUCGACGACACACAAACACUACAAACAAGUUAGAUCAGAAACUGGAGAUUGUGGAGGACUAUGAACGGCAGAUGGCGCUUGAGACACGCUGGCACCCCGAACAUCCAGAACGACUGAAGGCACAGUCUCAAAUUACGCACCAGCUAUAUCACAAGGCACUCACGAAAAUGCAAAUGAAUGGUUACAAACUGCGCACUCAGAUCUCCACUGCUCUCAAAAUGUGUGCAACUGCAAUCCGAAAUGCUAUCCAAUGGUACAACAAGUAUGCGGCCCUUCUUAAUCCGCCACGAGCCCCACUUCAAUGGGAGCAAAUUACAGUGAUGGAAGUUCAGCACUUGGAUGUAGAGAUUGGCCACUUACUGACCAAGAUUCGAGAUGAUAGAUUGAAAUAUCCUGCUGCCAUCAAGAGACUAGAGGAAACUGACCCCUUCCUUGCAGGGGAAGUGACUUGGCAUUGGCAGUAUUUACAAUCUGUAAAUGCAUGUCAUUUGUGGCGCUUCCAGAAAACUUGCUCUUUGCCAGGCUAUAGCGGCCCCCCAGAUGACUCUGCAAUCCCCCAUGCUUCGGAGGAGGAGUCACAGAGUGUAGUAGAGAGCGAGGAAGAAUGCGGUGACAUAGAUGAGCUUGAGCAAGUGCAGGAUUAUAUUGAUUCACUUGAUCAUCACAUUAUGGACACCAGUAUUAAUGAGUCGCACACUAUUAUUUAUCAGUAG